UAUAAAUGCUUAAUAACAUAUCUUUAUAAACACAUAAACUUUCAGUAUAUGGUUUUAUGGCCAUCAGGCUUUAUUAUGAUAUAUGCUGUGAAUAAGCAUGAAUAUCUGAAAAGGACUUUAGGUAACUAGGACUAGGCAAACCAAUCUUUUGACAUCAACUUGACAAGGAAUGUGACAACACAAGUGAGUCAAGUCAGUACAGUAAUCAAUAAACACAGAUCACACUGUAGCAAAAUGACAUAAUCACUCUUUUAAAUUUCACUAUAAUAGUCUGUUUUGCUACAAUGUGACAUAAAUUAUAAAUUAGGGCAUUUAAUGUUCUUCUUUAUUAAUUUAAGGAUGAAUGAGUGUAUUAAUUAAGCAUGUAUAACAUAUUAAAGUUAAAAUAGCUCACUAGUUUGCAAGUAUUGCACGAAAAUCACCCUUUUUAUUAAUUUUGUUAUAACUGCAUAUUAAUGAUUUAUAAUGCAUUUGUAAAUAAAUUAUUAGUCAUUAAUAACCCCGUUUAUAAACCUUUAACUAAGAUAACAUUAAUGUUAGGUGUUACUGCAAUUUUUGCAAGUGUAACUUAAUUUUAAAGAGGUUGCAGACUUCCAAAUGAUCUAUUAGUGUCUGUUGGUGGGGGCAAAGCUGUGUGUGUGUGUGUGUGUGUGUGUGUGUGUGUGUGUGUGUGUGUGUGGAGAUAGAGAGAAGACAGGAGAUGUUGUGAAUGACAAGGACAGGAUGUUCCAACAUUGGGGUUGCAGUCCUGCAGAAAUGUGCUUAAAGAUCCAUUCACAGGCAAAUGUAGAAACCCCCUAUUCCAAACGUUCAUGCACAUGCACACUUGCACCCAUUUCCCCCCACCAUUUCUUGGGUUCAGAUUCUGAGCCUGUUAAUAUAUUGGAGCAAGUGCUUUCCAUGAAACUCAAGGGACCAUCCAUAAAGGGACUGUAUGGAGUGGCACCUGUUUGCCAUGCCAGGUGCAAACUUUCUUGACUGAAGCAAUCAUUUUGUGUCAUGUUGUCCCAGCUUGAGCUGUCCGUUGAUUUUGUUUGUUGAGAUGUGGGUUAAAUCUCAAAGAGUUAAAUACUAAUGGAAUAUUUAGAUGACAUUUAACAUUUAUUGAGCUCAGCAGUCUGCUGUUUUGCUUUACGUUUGAACUUUUGUCAUGGCACUGACACUCUAUGACACAUGUUCACACUCCUCAUUGUUUUAAGGGUACAUUACUUCAAAAUGAAUUACAGUAUGUCACAUUUAAUGUUCUUGUUACAGUCUAAGUACAUAUAUAAGUAGGCUACUACUGAUUAAUGUAAAUAAACAUAAUUGCUUACUUAAUAUGUAAUUAUAUUGUGCAAUUUGUAAAUACAAGUAUGUUAUAAUGGUAUGACAUUACUACAUUGUGUGACCAAAAACAAUGCAGGAGAUUAUAUUAUUAUUCAUGCGUCUCUCAUGUGAUUCUCGUGGGCGUGCAAGUAAAUAACAGGAUUUCCUUGCACAGAUGCUCCCCGACGUGACCGUGAAUCACUGGAUCAUGCCCCCAGCCCACCCCCAACCGCAACUAUCUUCAGACAUGAACAAACUUUCCCCACGAAUACGUUUUGUCACACGUAUAAAAAUAUGACUCGCGUGAGCAGAAUCCAGCAGCGGCACUGUGGAUGUUUCAUGCGCGUCACUUUUAUGGAAGUCCCUGAAGAGGAGCAGACAGGCUGAGAGAGCUUCACAGACAGACAGAGAGAGAUCUAGAGAAAAAGAUAGGGAGGGAUUGAGUGAAUGGAGAUGUGAAGAACAUGAAUGACUGGAGCUGAGAGGUGUGUUUGAGGCGUUGGUGCGUGGCAGCAUGCAAUCUCCCUGAGUGUGAUAGUUCCACCUGGAGGUCACAGGAUGCCGGUGCAGGCAGCACAAUGGACUGAGUUUUUAUCUUGCCCCAUCUGCUACAAUGAGUUUGAUGCCAGCAGCCACAAGCCCAUUAGCCUGGGUUGCUCACACACCGUCUGCAAGACCUGCCUGCACAAACUGCAUCGCAAGGCCUGUCCCUUUGACCAGACGGCCAUUAGCACUGACAUUGACGUGCUGCCUGUCAACUGUGCCCUCCUGCAGCUGGUGGGGGCGCCGGUGAGUGAGGUUCCAGAGGGUGAGAUUGUAAAUGUGGGCAGUGUUGAAGACACCAGACAUUAUGAGGUGUGCCGAAUGUGUGUGGAGGAGCUGGCACUCUAUCUUAAACCCAUCAACGGAGGAAAAGGUAUAGUUACCUUCAGUCAGAGCACACUAAGCAGACCCAUGCAGAGGAAGCUGGUUACCCUUGUGAACUGUCAGCUGGUUGAGGAGGAGGGGCGUAUGCGGGCGGUCCGGACGUGCAGAUCUCUGGGUGAACGCACCAUCUCUGAACUCAUCCUACAGCACCAGAACCCACAGCAGCUCUCGGCCAACCUGUGGGCUGCUGUGCGGGCACGCGGCUGUCAGUUUCUCGGACCUGCCAUGCAGGAAGACGCUCUGAAACUGGUGCUGCUGGCCCUUGAAGACGGCUCGGCUCUGUCACGGAAGGUUCUGGUGCUGUUUGUGGUGCAGAAACUGGAGGCGCGGUUCCCUCAGGCGUCUAAGACCAGCAUUGGUCAUGUAGUUCAGCUGCUGUAUCGCGCCUCCUGCUUUAAGGUGACCAAACGAGAUGAAGACUCCUCUCUCAUGCAGCUGAAGGAAGAGUUUCGCACUUACGACGCUCUACGGCGCGAGCAUGAUGCUCAGAUCGUUCACAUCGCCAUGGAAGCAGGACUACGUAUCUCGCCCGAGCAGUGGUCCUCUCUGCUGUAUGGAGACCUUAUGCACAAAUCUCACAUGCAGUCAAUCAUAGACAAGCUCCAGUCACACGAGUCCUUUGCUAAAAGCGUGCAGGAGCUCACCAUUAUCCUGCAGAGAACAGGAGACCCAGCCAACCUCAAUAGCCUCAGAGCUCCUCUAGAACGACUGGCCAACAUCGAUCACAAUCCUGAUGCGGCUGCUCCAUCCUGGGCAGAACUGGAGAGCGUGUUAUUGGCUGUGAAGGUUGUUGUCCACGGGCUAGUGGAAUUCAUCCAAAACUUCAGCAAAAAGAGCCAUGAAAGCCCUCAGGCUCAAUCCAACAGCAAGUACAAGACCAGUAUGUGCAGGGACUUACGGCAGCAGGGUGGCUGCCCCAGAGGAGCCAGUUGCACUUUUGCCCACACACAGGACGAGCUGGAAAAGUACAGAAUGAGGAAUAGGAAAACUAGCGGGGUGGUGAGGCCCUUCCUGUCAGUUCCAGCAGUUAUGCCCAAAGCAGGCACCAAAGGAGUCGUCUCUGGGUCAGAGGUGGGUAUUGAAGUGCUAAAGAACUACGAGAAGGAAACCCCAACCUCAGAGGACUCAUCUCCAACUCAGCUGAUCCCUAGAGGUGGAGACCACCAGGAUGAAAAAUUACUCCCCAACUGUGCCAAUGGACUGCCUGCUACCAGCCUGGAAAAAAAUCCAAUCAGUCACUUGGCUUCGAUAGCAUCUAGAGAGGAAUGCUGUGGUCCUCCCAAACAUGGGUCUGUCCACAUGAGAGCUCAUAAUGAGAUUUACUACUCUCAUGACCAGAGAUCCCAUUAUGACCUGCCACCCUACCACCAACCUUCCACUCCUCCUUACAAAUCAUGCAACGCUCGCUUCCUUCCUUCCAGCAAUGUGCCCGAGUCCAUGUUACCCCCUUCACUGGGCCCCAUGUAUCCAGAUAAGCACCCAUCUGUCCCGCCUCCAGACAGAUUAGACCCCGCCCAUUAUGGACCACCCUCAACGUUCACCACCAUAUCUCAUAGUCAUGCACACUCCGUGUACACCCCCGUCUACGACAGCAGACGCAUGUGGAGGCCGCCGCUGUACCCCAGGGAGGGUGGGCGGAGUAACUCUCUCCCUCCAGAGGUUUUCCAUUCAUCUGUGUAUCAGCCACCAAUUAGAGAGCGAUACAACUCGCUUGACAGCCCUUACUGUAGCGCGGCUGAGCAGAGAGCAGCAAUGCACAGGGACUCCUACACCCGUGUUCAUCUUGGCUAUGAGGAUCUCUAUCACCACAAACAGGAACAGUGGGCACAUCACCAUGGCAACGUGAACAGACCCUCCCAAUCGUCUCCUGUCUUCACUAUGGAUUUGAGUCCAGAGCAUCCUAAGGGUGUAGGUGGUGGGUGUAUGACUUGUAAGUGUCAUGGUGGGGAAGAGAAUCUUGCCCACUACUCGCCCUGGUCGUGCGGCAUUAUCAGCCCUUUUGAGUCAGAGCCCUACCAUUUGUCAACCCACUCUUGUUCCAAGCAGUCAGAUGGGGAGAGUGCUGGCAAACAGUGGCUUCAUAUGUUCGAGCCCUACAGGCGACCGAAAGAUGAAGAUCCCAUCAUUCCUUUUGGAGAGGGCCCCAUCAUCUCCAAAUGGGGAGCGAUCUCUCGGGCCUCUCGCACCAGCUACCACACCACUGACCCGGUCCAGGCCACUGCAUCGCAGGGGAGUGUCAGUACCACAUCAAUCAACUUCAGAGACUAUGGCUCACAUAUUGUUCACAGUGAUCUCAGAUGGGGCCCGCGAGGUUCUGAUUCCUCUAGUCACUCCAGCUUUCUAGAGAGUGAUCAUCUGGCAGUGCCAGGGCUUCAUGUGCAGCAUGAUUCCUUCAGCAGUGGGUCAAAGCAGAGCACAGAACUGCUGGGGAAAGAAGGGACAGAGAGUGAGCCUGACAGAGACAUUGAGCUGGAGCUGUCUGCUUUGGACAUGGAGGACACAGAGACAAAGGACUGCAAGCCUGAGGACUCUUUUGAAACACAAAGCCACUCACAGAGCAGUCACCUCACUAUGGUCUUCAGUGAGCCAAUGGCCAGUUCCCAGUUGGACAAUCAUCUGCCUCACAGAAUGGACACCCACCUUAUAAAGAAGAUGGCAUUCAGAAAGACCCUCUCUCCUGGAGGCCUCAGUAUUGGGAAGAUUCCAAUUAGGACAUGCUCGCCCAGGCCUGGAGAACCCCCACGACCCAGCCCAGGACCUAAGAUGCUGCUAAAGGGGAAUUGAGGUGGGCUGGACACAACAGCCCCUCUUGUUAUAAUUCCAUGGGGUCAUGCCAAGAAUCCACCAUACUCCUUAGGUAGAAGGUAGAGUUGCCCUUAUAGGGGUCAAUUGAGGCAGCAAGACGCAGCCGAAAGCCUUCUUUAUUCAUGUGUUCUCUUCAUAAGAGCUAGCUAUGCCCUGUAAUUGUAAUCACUUGUCAUCUAUUCAAAGUUGUUUUGUUGUUUUAAUCACCACUUGUGGAUGAAUGAAUCUCAAAGAGUCUCAACUCCACCUCAGGUACCUCUUAAUGUCAGCAAAUCAGAACUCUCUCCAAGGCAGUUACCAUUAUUUUUCCCAUUCAUUUUCUCCAUAGAAAUUUCCUCAUUAAAGGGUUAUCAUGAACCAAACCAACCAGAUCAAAAGACGAAAAUACAAGACUGUGUAAUUAAUGUCUUGAAUGAGGAAAUUAACUACAAACCCAUGAAGCAUUGCGAAUGACAAUUACAAACGAUUACAAAUAUAUAAAACUAUUGAUAUAAAGUCGCUGAUUAUAAGAAUAGAAACAAUAUAUUUUAAGUUUAUUACAAAAUAUUCAGAUACAUACAAAUAUAUAAGUAGUUUGGGAAUGUAGGGAAACUCAAUUGCGUCAUUCACAGUGUAUCAUGGGAGUGGGCGGUCGCUUCAGAGCUCUUUUGCUGCUAUUUUUUUCUGCAAUUCUCUGAUUGGUGGAUCUCUCUUUAGGAUUGUGGGUAGUGUAGUUCUUAACCAGGAAUUUCACUAUUAAACACGUUUUUAUUUAAUGAAGUUUAAAAAUGCAGACUGAUGGUUUCAACAGAAGCAUUUGCCACAAGUUAACAACCUUUAUUUUCUCUAUGGAGAAAAUGAAUGCUGUUUUUACUUCGCAGCUGUUGUGCUCUAUUACCCAUGUUCUGUAACUUUGUACAAAAUGUGACGGUUCUCGCUAGCAUUUAGCACACUGAAUACAUUAUAAUCUACUGUAUAUGACUAUAUUACAGUCUCUUCCGAUUAGUAAUUAUAUAUAUAUAUAUAUAUAUAUAUAUAUAUAUAUAUAUAUAUAUAUAUAUAUAUACAAUGUUUACAAUAUAGAGUCAAAUAUUUAUCAAGGAUAACCAAGGUGCUUGGAAUUUAAAGUACUCACAUUAUCAUUAUUAUUGCAGUGUUAGCCACUGAAAUGUGCACGAAUUGUUUGGUGAGAAUCAUUGUUUAAAACACAGGUGCCCAAACUUUUCCUACGAUGGGCCAAAAAUCAAACUUGAUUGAGGGCCGUGGGCCAAAAGUAAACAUUGCAUUAUAACAAACUAUAACUGCAUUAUAAUGUUUUUCUAGCUUUAUGUCUCCGUCAUCCUUUUAUGUCAAAUACUUUUAACAAUUACAUUUUAAAAUCUCAUGUUUCAAUAAUUACAAAAUUGCAUGAUCUCUACAUUGCAUAAUGUGCAUUGUUACUGAAACAAUUUCUUCUCAUUCACAUAUUUGAAAAUAUUUUGGUUUUUAAAUUAACAUAGCCUGCCAAAUUAAUGCACCGACACAGAGUAGAUGACAGCAUUUCUACAGGUUUGGAAUGAGGAGCUUAUAAAAAAAAAAAGCCAAUUUAAUAAAACAAUGCAAAAAAUAAACAUUUAACAAUGAACAUCAGAGAUAUUAUUCAUACACCAAAAGUGGUUAAUGUUCGGUAAAAUUAUAAUUGUAUCAUUAAUGUUUUAUUUAACAUGAAAGCUAUUUAACACAUCCAGAUAUUAUUUUGUUAAUAUUAUUAUUAACUACAUUGUAGCAUUUGGUAUUUUUAGUGCACGGCACCAAACUGAUGCAGAGCGUGAGAAGCGAGUGCCUGUCUGUGCGCGUUUAUGGCACGAGCACCCGCCACUGAAUCGGCAACUGCACAACAGACGGCACGAAACAAAUAAUGUUCAGCGAAAAUUCACAUGAAGAAUGCGAUGGAUAUAUUAAUUUAGAACUAUAUCAGAUUAUAGGGGAAUUUUUUUUUUUGCCCAGAGAUCCCGUUAAUUUCCGACCCUGGUUGGAACUAGAGAUGGAAAUGAGAGAUGUAACAAGUGUUUAAGUGUUUUUCUUCACCAUAGGCUUGUACAUUACACAAAGCAUUUUUGCAACAAGAUAUGAAAGGCGUUCACCAUCGCGUGCUUGCAAUGUUAACAGCUUUGGUGAUUAUGAACAGAAACAAUAUAAUUUUAUUGCAUCGCUCGCUUAUGGAGACGUUAUAUAACGUCAUUCGCAUGUGGAAUUAACAGGUUUAGGAAGGUUUAUACAUCUGAAGUUCAGUUCAAUAACUAUGCAAAAAAAAAAUCGAACGCUCACACUAAAUUUACUAAAGUGCUCAAACACGCUGCUUACAGCUGCAUGAGAGAGAGAGGGAGAGGAAUUAUAGGAAUUAUAUUAUUAUUAUAUUAUAAUAAUAUAUAUUAUUAUAUUAUAUUUUUAUAUAUUAUUAUAUAUUAAUCUGGAAUUAUAGUUUGAUACAAAAACAAGUUUAUUGAUUUGAUUUUGAGUCUGUAUCUGUUGGUUUACUAAUUUACAGCUGCACUGUAAAGUGAACAAAAGUAUGCAGGAAUUUUCCACAUUAUGAACAUGGAACUUGCGGGAAUCAUUAAAAUUGCCCACAGUUCCGCACCAAAUUUUAGGCUCUGCAAACUGUUUAAUAUUAAAAUAUGAAAGUUUCCCAAGUUCCCUUCCUUUAUUUCAUUAUACAAAAAAGCAUUACCCUGAAUUCUGCUAAAUUAAUGCAAUGAAAAGCUGCGUCAAUAGCAUUUUUGUAUUAUUUGUUUACCACUCUUGUCAUAUAGGGCAAGGCGGGCCAAAUCAAAGGUCAUCAUGGGCCAACUUUGGCCUGCGGGCCCCAGUUUGGGCAUCUCUGGUUUAAAACAACCAUUAAUUUAUCAUUGUUUAAAUGUAUGGGUUGUGGUAUUGUCUGCUAUCUCAAAGAGACAUUUCACAGGCAAUCAGUAUUUUGUACAAAUUCUUAAAGUAAUAGAUAGUGGAAUAGUAUCACCCCAAAAUUAAAUUCUGUUAAUAUUUACUUACCCUCAUGUUGUUCCAAACCCGUAUGACUUAAUGGGGAUCUGUUAAGCUCAAAAAAUGACAAAAAUAAAAAGUAACAUUGGAGAUAAGUAGUUCAUAUGACCUAAAUUCUAUGUCUUCUGAAGCUAUAUAAUAACUUGGCGUGAGGAACAGGCCAAAAUUUAAGUUGGUUUUCCCUGCAAAUAUUCUCCACUGUAGCUUUAAAAUUUCACUUGUGUUUACAUACAUUCAUAUAUGGCGCACCAAGACAAGUCACAGCAGGUUUGAAUAACGAUAUAAAUAACAAUUAUAAUUUUGCUUUGCGUGACAGUUCCCCAUUUCUGAGUUCUCAGUUUUUUGUUUACAACAGUCAAAAGGUGAUGUCCGUUUUCAUUGCCUCUGUUUUGUCCUUUGGAGUUUCAGUUUGACGGAGGAAAACCGGCAAUUAGACCAACAAUUUCAUCUUUCAAAAUUCCCCUAUUUUAUGACAAAACAUUGCUUACUUCCAUGAAGUUGUUCUCAAAAUAUUUUGUACAUGUUUUUAAUUUUUUGGUCAACAUUUUGAAAGAGCAAUCAACCCUAUCUACCAACCAUCAAGUGUUUUUCAAUAUUCAGAACUUCCUGUUUGGUUAACAAACAAAUUUAAAAAAAGAUAUUGGUUGUUUGUUUACAGUAAAAGUAUUUUUGUGUGCUGACACAACUUUUCUCACACAAGUGGGGAAUUUUAAGGGUGAUUAUAACUCUGUGUAACAUUGUAAAGGAAAAACUGUCCUAUUUAAAAUGUGAUUUAUUUGUUUAUCUCUAAUUAAUUUGUCAGGGGAUUAUAAUGUUUUUCUGCUUCUAUCUUUUAUUUGAUCAAACCAGUCAUUUGACAAAGCCAACACUGUGUCUUUGUACAGACUGUUUAGGGUUUUUCCAAAAUUCAUAAACAAAGACUAAAGUUUGCGACUGUAACUCCUAGAGCUUUCAAGCUACAUCCACCAAACUUGGUACAGUCCUUCAGACUGUUCUGACUUAGUGUGCUUUGUCUUUUCGAACUGAUCAGACUUUCAGUUUUCUUGCAUCUGACCUUCAAAUUUAGAUCUGUAUCUGACUGAAAAUACCAUACUUAUUUUGACGAAUCUGUCUGUCUACCUAUCUGACUUUUUGUUUCCUGUUGGACCUAUAAAAACUUUAAAAUUCAACUUUCAGACACAACUUUGUCAAACCAGCAUCAAAGUCUUUAUUUGUCUUUAUUUCUGUAUGAAUGUGCACAUGUAUGUCUUUGUUCAGCUUGUACAAAAUAUGUAUAUGAAUACAUUAUCACUUAAGACUGUUAAUCCUGGUUUUACUUUUGUGGUAUUAGUGUUUUCUGUUUUGUUUUUCUUCACGUUUAUAUGCCCUGUGUCUUUAAGACAUGAGAAAUGUGGAUUGAAGUCUCGUUCAAUUUAAUUUUACCUCAUUCAAAGGUUAAGAGUUGCACCUCUGCAGCCCUCCAGGAAAGAGAUAUGAACUUAAGCUAACAGUGAGUGCAGGGGUAACAUCUUGCUGAUUUAGUGUAUGUACAGAAACAAAGUAUUUUGUCUUACUUUUUUGUUUAUAGAGAAGUAUUUGUCUUUCUUUUUCUUUUUUCUUUAUCUCAUCAGAUGUGAGUGAUUUAAAAAAUGUAUCUGGGUUGGUAGUUUUACACUUGUUUCCAUUUCAGUUUUCUUGCUGUCAAGCUGUCAAAUUGCAUUUAAAAUGUUUAUUUUUCCUUUUUUAUCACUCAAUGCAACUUAAAGAAGCCUUAUUAGUGCAUGUUUUUAUUCGUUUUAUCAGCCUGGCUCUGUAUAAUGCAUGCUUCCUUUGGUAAAGGGUUUCUUUGGCAAAGGAAGUAUGAUUGUGUAGUUGUGUCACACAACACCCCAGUGCUGUGAGUGUACUGCACUUGUCCACUUUGUGGUUGUAUCUUGUAUCAUGCUCACUUCCUGCCUAUAGCACUUAUUGUCUGUUUUCGUGGAUUAAUUUCAGGAUAAUGAAUGUAAUUAUUUUAUUUCCAUAGUUAUUUCCCCCCUUGGAAAUGUUAAUUUUGUUUGCAUUUGAAUUUUAAAAAUGUGCUUAUCUGGUGCAGGAUUUAUUUUGGUUGGUUGUGAUAAGAUGCUUGUUUUGUCCUGUGUGCAACUGGAAAAAAACGAACUGAUGUGUUGAAUAUUUUUAUGUCUGUAUUAGACAUUUUCUUUGCAAAUCUAUUGUUCGAUUCAAUUGUAAAUGAAUACAAGAUGGACAUCCGUCAUUUUAUAAAGCCAGAGCCAUCAUUAGAUGGACAUACUGCACAUUUUUAGGAUAUACUGUAUAGUCAGCUAUAUUGAAAUAUAUUAGGCUAUUUAUGGUCACUGACAGAGAAUCUAAAAGUUAGGAAUAUCUUUUGAUGAAAUAAUAAUAGAUAUUUAUAUUCCAAUUGUUUAUUUAAAAAUAAAUACCACUGGGCUGAGAUUUCCAUUUUGCUUGUGGCAAUGCAAGACAUAUUAUAUAGAAAUGUAGCCAAUGCACAAUCAAUUCUAACUGUUUUUGUUUGUUAAUGCUCUUGUAUCUUGGCUAAGCUUUGCCUGAUAUGUAGGGCAAGCUGGUGAAAUGAAAUUAAAGGUAAUGACAUGUAACUGCAUGCCAAGAUAAUAAACACAGUUACAUCA